AUGCGGCCGAUUUUACUAUCUGGGCACGAGCGUGCCCUCACGCAAGUGAGAUACAACCAUGACGGCGAUUUGAUCUUCUCCGUGUCCAAGGAUCAGCACAUCUGCGCCUGGUACGCACACAACGGCGAGCGUCUCGGAACAUACCAGGGCCACCAGGGCGCCAUCUGGACAGUCGACGUCGACCCGACAACGACGAUUCUGGCCAGCGGCUCGGCCGACAACACGAUCCGGCUAUGGGACGCCAUGACGGGCAAGCUGCUCAAGACGUGGGAGUUCCCGACGGCCGUCAAGCGCGUCGAGUUCAACGAGGAUGCCACGCAGCUGCUGGGCGUGACGGAGAAGCGCAUGGGCCACCUGGGCACCAUUGUGGUGCUAGACAUCAAGGUCGACGUGGAGGCGGAGCAGACGGACGAGCGCGCCAUGACGAUUGUCUGCGACGAGAGCAAGGCCACCGUCGCCGGCUGGAGCUACCUGUCCAAGUACAUCAUUGCGGGCCACGAGGAUGGCUCGGUAUCGCAGUACGACGGCAAGACGGGCGAGCUGAUUUACAACGUGCCGAUCCACGACCUGAACCAGCCCAUUACGGACCUGCAGUGGUCGCCCGACCGGACAUACUUCAUCACGGCGUCCAAGGACAAGACGGCCAAGCUGGUGUCGGCCCGCGACCUGACCGUGCUCAAGACGUACACGGCCGACACGCCGCUCAACAGCGCCUGCAUAACCCGCAAGAAGGACUUUGUCAUUCUGGGCGGCGGUCAGGCGGCCAUGGAGGUCACGCAGACGGCGGCCCGCCAGGGCAAGUUCGAGGCCCGCUUCUACCACAAGAUCUUUGAGGACGAGAUUGGCCGUGUCCGUGGCCACUUCGGCCCUCUGAACACCGUUGCUGUCGAUCCUACCGGCAAGGGUUACGCGAGUGGAGGUGAGGACGGUUACGUGCGUGUGCACCAGUUUGACAAGGGCUACUUUGACUUCCUGUACGAGGUGGAGCGGGAACGGGCGAACCAGCUGGCUCUGCAGCAGUAG